CGCUCUUUACCUCAAAUCUUUGCAGCUGCAUCUUUUCCCACAAUGCAUAUGAUCAAAAUUUCAUGAAAAAUUCCAAGCUGUCAUGAAGAAAUCUGUCCUCACCUCAGCAGUGAUCUGAUUUGACCGGCAGGUCGUAGAGGAGUGAUCACAUGUGCAAAGUGGGACAACCCUCACUUCCCUGUCGGCGGCUGGCUAUAUACUCCACCAGAGCAGGUUUAUGUAAGUCAGCUGAAGUGAGAUCCACGGCAUUCAGAGCCUCUCAGUCUCAUGAGAAAAAAAAAUCAGGCCUUCAUGGGGUUUGCGACGCUUUUGUUUUUGGCCUGCUGUCUCUGCAUCUGUAAAAGUAUGCCGACCGAAGUCCAGCGGCAGGCCGUGAACGACCGACCUGUGAUUGGUGUUUUAACUCAGAUAGUUUCGGAUGACGUUAUGAAGCCGUUUGGCAGGACUUACAUACCGGCCUCCUAUGUGAAGUACCUGGAGUCUGGGGGCAGCAGAGUGAUGCCUAUCAGACUGACUCACACCGAUGUCGAAUAUGAGAACAUCUUCAAGAAGAUUAACGGCCUGCUUCUUAUUGGCGGAGCUGUGAAUUUGGAGACCUCAGACUUUGCGAGGGUGGCAAAGCUAUUUUACAAGCUGGCUCUGGAGGCCAAUGAUGCCGGCGACGUCUUCCCAAUCUGGGGCACAUGCAUGGGCUUGCAGCUCCUCACUGUUCUGGUGGCUGGUAAAAAUCUACUGACUGAAACCACAGCGGAGAACAUAGCUUUACCCCUGAACCUAACCACAGAGGCUUACUCCAGCAGGAUCUUCAGAGAUGUUCCCCCUGAUCUCAUUAAAGCUGUGACACAAGAACCUCUGACUGGCAAUUUUCACCACUAUGGAGUUGAAGUGAAGACCUUCAUGGAAAACGAGGAUCUGCAGAGUUUCUUCUCCAUCCUGUCCACCAACGUCGCUGAAAACGGAGCCCACUUCGUCUCAACAAUUGAAGGUAAAAAGUAUCCCUUCUACGGCGUGCAGUGGCAUCCUGAAGUGAAUCGUUUCCAGUGGAAAUCAAACCUCAACUUCCCUCAUUCACGCCACGCUGUUCAGUUAUCGUCAUGGAUGGCUGAGUUUUUCGUCAAUGAAGGGAGAAGAAGUUUACAUCAGUUUGACAAUCCUGAGGAAGAGGCCUCGUCGCUGAUUUACAGCUACACACCCAUCUAUGCUGGGAACUUCACAGGAUAUGAGCAGAUCUAUUUCUUCUGAAAUCCCCCCUUGACUGUGUCUAUUUUGACUGUGUAGCACAACACUUCACACACAGUGUAGUUUUACGUAACCCGCUGAUUUUACUCAGAGAUCGCCCUUGAAAUGCAGCUUUUGCUGCACGCACAUCAAAGCAGAUGAAUGAUUUUUAUACUGAAAUGAAUGAUUUUAUUAAAUAAAUUUU